AUGGAAGAUCAUCUUCCGGAAGAGCAGGAUGUAGAAGUGGAAGACGAAGAGUAUUUAAUACCAAUAGAAUCGAUUCAGUCAACAUCUCAGCAGGAUUCUGAAGUCAAAACAAGCAGAAAGCGUCCCCACCCAUCAUCUCCAGAAUCCGCAUACUCUGUAUUCAACCCAGACGCCUAUGGAGAAGUGCUACCAGAAGACGUUCCGAGACCUGUCUGUGACUUUUGCUCAUUGGCAUUUUUAACAUGGGCUUCCUACGAAUAUCACAUCCUUCGCUAUCAUGUUAUGUACCGCCCGUAUCGAUGCGCAGGCUGCAAGCAUUUGGCAUUUCAUACCGAGGCUGAAGGCAGACAUCAUGCCACGUGUUAUCAUGAUCCGGCGCCAAAUGGGUUUCCGAUCAUGAAAAUAACGGAUUUCGAAAAAGAAAGCGAGUACAUGGAGUGCAUGAUGAACGCGAAAACUACAGAUACCGAUGGAAUUUCGUUUUCAAGAGAACGCCUGAACGAGGGGCUGAAAAUGAUCGAAAAGGUGCAAUUAGUCAAGUUUCGAGCUCAACGAGCUCAACUUCCGAGAUGUAUUCGUCAUGAUGUUGACCUGGUAAGCACUGCAACGGAACCAGAAACUAUCGAAGAAGAACCCGGUCCGGAAUUUGAGCCAGAACCAGUGUUCUUCGAGGAGCAUCAAAACGUGGAAUUUCAAGAAUACCGUCAAGCGGAUGUUUUGGAUGAAUUAUAG